UCUCCGUGCAUGUGUAUAUGUGUACAAUCGGUGUUGGUGUAUAUGCGUUGCUUGGCCGGGAAAUAGUAAUGGCGUUGCUUUGAUCGCGGGCGUCUCCCCUUCGACAUCGUCGUCGUCGUGUGGAUCGUGUAUCCAGGAAACUUUGCAACCUGGAACUCUAACCUUAAACUCAAUCCUUAAUCGCACUCUAAUGUAAGUUAAUUACUUAUCAGACUGACCAACCUGGAUCUGUUCUUCCUACUCUACAAGUAUCUUCUAAGCAAACGCACAAACAAUCAAGACUGGACUUACUUAAUAAUGUGCAGAUGAUUUUUCAAACGACACAAAAGGAACAGUGUAUUACAUAAAUGGUGAUCAGAGCAGGCGAAAACUGCUAACAGAGCAAUGUGCCAAAAAGAAUAAGUGAAUAGUUUAAUGUAGCGUGGGUGCAAUAAUUGCAUUAGUGGCAGUUAUCAAUAAGGGCUGUGGCAAAGGGUUGGAUAGCCUACAGUAGUCAAAAUGGGAAACUGCUUUAGCUGCCAGAAUGGUGUAGAGAAAGAGAAGCCAGACCGAAUAUGCAAUCCAAGCAUAGAGGCAGUGGCUUCCCAGGUGAGCCCAGUGCCAACACCACCGCCAGAUCCUAUUAGGCCAAUGCCUCAGAUACCAGAUGCCGAUGUACCAGCUGCAAAAGUCUUUGUUGCAUUGUACGACUAUGAUGCAAGGACAGAUGAGGAUCUUAGUUUUAGAAAGGGUGAACAUUUGGAGAUACUCAAUGACACUCAAGGUGACUGGUGGCUUGCUAGAAGUAAAAGAACCAGGCAAGAGGGUUACAUUCCUAGUAACUACGUUGCCAAAUUGAAAUCCAUCGAAGCUGAACCAUGGUACUUCAGGAAGAUCAAGCGAAUCGAGGCGGAGAAGAAGCUGCUACUUCCGGAGAACGACCACGGGGCCUUCUUGAUCCGCGACUCGGAAAGCCGACACAACGAUUACUCGCUUUCAGUCCGCGACGGUGACACGGUGAAACACUACAGGAUCCGGCAAUUAGACGAGGGCGGUUUCUUCAUAGCAAGGCGAACAACUUUCCGCAACUUGCAGGAUCUGGUGAAGCAUUACAGCGAGGACGCUGACGGACUGUGUGUCAACUUGUGCAAGCCUUGUGUACAGGUGGAGAAACCCGUAACCGAGGGCUUGAGCCACAGAACACGCGAUCAAUGGGAAAUUGAUCGUUCGUCCCUCAAAUUUGUACGUAAACUUGGCCAAGGACAAUUUGGCGAAGUAUGGGAGGGAUUAUGGAAUAAUACUACUCCAGUGGCUAUUAAGACUCUCAAACCAGGUACGAUGGAUCCUAAAGAUUUCCUUGCCGAGGCGCAAAUCAUGAAGAAACUCAGGCAUGCUAAGUUGAUUCAGUUGUACGCUGUUUGUACAAUGGAAGAACCGAUCUAUAUCAUAACUGAACUUAUGAGGAAUGGAAGCUUGCUUGAAUUCUUGCAAGGCAAAGGCCGAGGAUUGAAACUGCAGCAGCUGAUCGACAUGUCAGCUCAGAUAGCCGCAGGAAUGGCAUACCUCGAAUCGCAGAACUACAUUCACCGAGACUUGGCAGCGCGUAACGUACUUGUAGCUGACGGUAAUGUGGUAAAGAUCGCUGACUUUGGCUUGGCACGAUUGAUCAAGGAAGACGAGUACGAGGCACGUAUCGGAGCUAGAUUCCCAAUCAAGUGGACUGCUCCGGAAGCCGCCAACUACAGCAAGUUCAGCAUCAAGUCUGACGUCUGGUCGUUUGGUAUUUUACUCACGGAGCUUGUCACCUAUGGACGCAUACCGUACCCAGGUAUGACGAAUGCCGAGGUGCUGCAUCAGGUAGAACAUGGCUAUCGUAUGCCAUGCCCACCAGGUUGCCCAGCAUCAUUAUACGAUAUAAUGUUGGAGUGCUGGAACAAGGAUCCAGUAAAGAGGCCGACAUUUGAGACUCUCCAAUGGAAACUUGAAGAUUUCUUCACUAUGGAUGGGUCUGAGUAUAAAGAGGCAUCGGCUUACUGAGUAAUAGCCUCUGCGAAAUAUCGCAAUAUGCAUGAUCAACGUAUCAUGUAAAAACAAGAAAAAAAGAAAUCUGACUAUUUUAAAGUGCGUGUAAGUGUUUGGGACACUUUGUGAUAAACGGACCUCUCUCUCUUUCUGUCUCUCUCUCUAGUGAUUUACCGCGCGAAAAAAACAAGUGUGUUUAUUUUUUCUUCUUUAUUUUUUUUUCGUUUUUUUUUUUUUUUAUUUUUGUAAUUCUUUUCGUUUUUAUGCAUUCUGGCUGCCAUAUAUAAGAUUGUCGUCGAGAGGAUAAUGAUAAACGAAAAAGAUUGUGUCAGAGCGCGAUGUUGCUCAUGCACUCUUUUUGCGAAGAUACCAUUAAUAAGUAUCUAACUAUCAUUUCUUUUUUAGUAUGCAAUAAUCCGAGCGCGCGAGGAUCAACAGCAAAGCUAUUGCGAGAUAGUAGUAUCAAUUUUUUCCGUCAACAUUGUAUCCGUGUUCUUUGUUUUUUUUGUUGUUUUUUUUUGUAUUUUUUUUUUGUUCUUUUUUAUUUUUUAUUGCAGAAUUUUUCUGUGAUGACAGCAUUGUUGUGAGAUAAUACUCAAAUGAUUUUAAUGAAUUUUGACAAGAAGAUAUUUUAAUAUUUACGUCUUUUUUUGAUUAUACAAUAAGCAUCGAUUUUCUGCAGUAGUUUUACUUUUGGUGCUCUGCUGUUCGCGAAUUAGUGACGUAAGAUUGUAAAUUUGUUAUAAACUCGAUAACGAUUUAAGAUAAGUAACGAUGUAAUUCGCCAAGGAUGUUUGGCACUAUUAAUCUUAUAAUCGUAUUCCAGCAAGCGCACUCGUAACUGUUUAUGUGUAAUUAUUGUAAAAUGUGUACGUGUAAUAUUUACGUACGCGUAUAUACUGGAAGCUAGUUACUACUGGGGACGUAGAUAUGACACGUAUGUGCUUAUUUCACUUGUCUACCUUGCAAAAAGGUACGGCCUACGUAAAUUUGCACUUUGCUACAAACAAAAAGACAAGUAAAAAGGGAACACACUCGUGAGGUGAUUUUUUACUCUUAAAGUUUCACUCUUUUUUUUUAUCAACCGCUUUGUACAUUUUCGAUACGCGAUCUUGUGGACUUUAUGGAUUAUAUAGAUAGAUACACACGCUCGCGCGCGCACACACACUUACACACACACACACACACACACACACACACACACACACACACACACACACACACACACAGACACACACACACACACACACACA